AUGACCCCUCGGGGGCUUGGGCACCUGGGGGACACGUGGCGCCUCUUGGGGACGCUUGGGCCCCUCGGGGACCCGCGGUGGCCCCUCUGGGGACCCACGCGCGUCCCCCGUCCCCCCGCCCCGCCACAGAAGCUGCAGCAGGAGCUGGAGUUCCUGGAGGUGCAGGAGGAGUACAUCAAGGACGAGCAGAAGAACCUGAAGAAGGAGUUCCUGCACGCGCAGGAGGAGGUGAAGCGCAUCCAGAGCAUCCCCCUGGUCAUCGGGCAGUUCCUCGAGGCCGUCGACCAGAACACCGCCAUCGUCGGCUCCACCACGGGCUCCAACUACUACGUGCGCAUCCUGAGCACCAUCGACCGCGAGCUGCUGAAGCCCAACGCCUCGGUGGCCCUGCACAAGCACAGCAACGCCCUGGUGGACGUCCUGCCCCCCGAGGCCGACAGCAGCAUCAUGAUGCUCACCUCAGACCAGAAGCCCGACGUGAUGUACGCCGACAUCGGGGGCAUGGACAUCCAGAAGCAGGAGGUGCGCGAGGCCGUCGAGCUCCCCCUCACCCACUUCGAGCUCUACAAGCAGAUCGGCAUUGACCCCCCGCGGGGUGUCCUCAUGUACGGUCCGCCCGGCUGCGGGAAGACCAUGUUGGCCAAGGCGGUGGCCCAUCACACCACAGCCGCCUUCAUCCGCGUGGUGGGCUCGGAGUUCGUGCAGAAGUACCUGGGCGAGGGGCCCCGCAUGGUGCGCGACGUCUUCCGCCUGGCCAAGGAGAACGCGCCCGCCAUCAUCUUCAUCGACGAGAUCGACGCCAUCGCCACCAAGCGCUUCGACGCCCAGACCGGAGCCGACCGCGAGGUCCAGCGCAUCCUCCUGGAGCUCCUCAACCAGAUGGACGGCUUCGACCAGAACGUCAACGUCAAGGUGAUCAUGGCCACCAACCGCGCGGACACGCUGGACCCGGCGCUCCUGCGGCCCGGCCGCCUGGACCGCAAGAUCGAGUUCCCGCUGCCCGACCGGCGCCAGAAGCGCCUCAUCUUCUCCACCAUCACCGGCAAGAUGAACCUGUCCGAGGAGGUGGACCUCGAGGACUACGUGGCGCGGCCGGACAAGAUUUCGGGGGCCGACAUCAACUCCAUCUGCCAGGAGGGCGGCAUGCUGGCGGUGCGGGAGAACCGGUACAUCGUGCUGGCCAAGGACUUCGAGAAGGCCUACAAGACGGUCAUCAAGAAGGACGAGCAGGAGCACGAGUUCUACAAGUGACACCUCUUGGGGACCUCGGGAACCUUGGGGACACGCGGCCACCCUCAAUAAACCCCCCUCCCCCACCCCCA